AUGUUAGACGCAGAUACCAAAGGUGGUCUUGCCAGCAUUGAGGGCGUCUUUCACUUCGAAGUCGGCCCAGAAAGAGCUCGCUUCACCUUGCACAAGAACAGAGCAAAGGAAUCUAAGCGACUUAAGGAGAUCAUGGCCGAAAGGAGUCAGGAGGGUUUCGCCGUUCUGGAGAGAGUCGACGCCUUCACGUUUGGCCGGUUCGAGGAUUUUGUCUACACUAAAGACUACAGCUUCCCGAACCCGGAGCCGAAGACCAUCACCCCAGAGGAGGAGAGCGUUGGCGAAGCCGCAUCUCAUACCGAGGACGUGAAGGAUGCAGCUCGCUCUCAAGCGGAUGCCGCGUCUAACACCAAUUCGAGGGAAGACGAGGAGAUAGUGGCAAUCGCCACGGCCCUUAGUCGUCAUAGAAGGGUGUUUCGAUUCGCUCAACAGUUCCGAGUUGCCGAUUUAAGGGAUUUGGCGCAGGAAAGAUCCUUUGCUCUAAUGACCACUAUUGACCCUGACAUCAGAGAGCGCGUCCUGGAAGAAUUCGAAAGGCUCAACCAAGAGAUUUGA